GAUAAUGCUCUGGUUCACUUCCACAAAUUAAAAAUACCGUAGAAUUUUUUAAUUUAGAUAACUUUGCUUUUCUAUUAAUUUAAAUUCAGUUAUUAAAAUAUGAUGAACUACAUUCGUUUGUCAAUUAUCUUAGCCUUUCUUGACUUUUCGACUGCAAAUUCACAACGAACAACAAAUGAUUUGACCGUAAUUUACAGAUUUGAUAACGGAGUUAUCUUUUACACCGAUCAGAAAAAUGCAACCCAAAGUGAAAAUAAGAACAGAACAUCACAACAGAGUUUACACGAUGGAAGUUCAAUGGAAAAUUUUAACUCUUCAAAUUCAAGUUUGCAGCAUCAUCGUUCCAUGGAAAAUUUGAACUCUUUAAGUUUACAGCAUGAUAAUUCCACGGAAAAUAUAAACUCCUCCACUUCAAGUUUACAAUAUGAACAGUUAAUGGAAAAUUUUAAUUCUUCUAAUUCAAGUUUACAGCAUAAAGGUUCCAUGGGAAUGAAGUUACACAAUAACAAACAGAUAAGGAAGCCUAAUUUAGAAAAGCACUAUCAAUCAGUUAUUCAGAAAAAGGAACAAAUAAAGAGAAAUUAUGAAAUUAAAAAAAGUAAAGAACUCGAAAGGUAUCCUAUAGAAAAAUUGGUGGCUUCAAGUGUUCAAAGAAGUGAAAAAGAUCAAGUAUUUCAUAUUGUCACCAGACAAAUAACCAGAGAAAUUCUGAAGCAAAUUUUAAUGCAAAUAGUAAUAAUCUAUGUGCAGUUUAUAAUGUCAUUUGCAUGUACAACAGCAAUUCUAACAUUUGUUGGACGUUUAAGAGCUGUGCUCACUGAUAUGUAAGAAAGCAAUAAAGAAACAUCAAUAUAAAGUAAAUAAAUUUAUUGUCUUGAGCACUAUUCAGUUUAAUAAAAUAGAUUUUACAAACUGCAAAUAAAAUCACAUUGGAUAAACAAUGUAAAUGUAGUUGACUGUACAACGUAUUACUGUACAUUAUAUACAACUAAUUUAAAGUAGUUAUAACUUAUACAAAUCAAAUUAAUGCAUUACACAAAUGAACACUUGACCUUUACAAAAAGUCUUCGCAAAAUAUAAAACAAAAUAUUAACUACUAUGUACAUAUUUACCUACAGAUAGAUUCAUUUGAAAAAUAUUCUAAAAGAAUUGAAAAUGAUAUGCAAUAUUCUAAAAAACUAGAAAUAAAAAAUGCAUGUUUAAACUUGGAAGAAAUAUAUAUGUAAAAUCAAUAGCUGCUUAAAAUGUACACAAAGUAGAAAUAAUACAUUGCAAAUAAAAAACAGAAAUCUUAUAAGUUAUAAUUCUUAACGGAAGAAGUUAAUAUUCUAAAAUGUAUUUAAAUAUAUUUAAAGCACU